GCUCUCAUCCGACCAGCAGAGGGGCUGAACACUGCAGCACAGAGUGAGCAGAGGGCAGAUCCGGCUCUGAGCAGAGCGACCCUCAGCCUGUGGGCGCCGAAUAGAGCAGGCCGGGGGCUGGGGGGGCGGGGUGGACAGCGGUGGAUGGGAGAUGGCUGCCGGGGGAAUCACCACACUCCCUGCCGCACCCGAAGACGGAGGAAGUGGCUCGUUCCUCCCCAGCACCUUCAAGGAACUCAAGAAGCUGUACUGUAAGAACGGAGGCUACUUCCUAAGGAUCAACGCAGACGGGAGGGUGGAUGGGACUCGGGAGAAAACCGACACUCACAUUAAGCUGCAGAUCCAAGCAACCUCAAUUGGGGUCGUAGUAAUCAAGGGCGUUUCAUCCAGCCGUUAUCUGGCCAUGAACGACGAUGGGAGACUCUUUGGAACGCGAGCAACAGAUGAAUGCUACUUCUUUGAGAGGCUGGAGUCCAACAACUACAACACAUAUCGGUCCCAGGAGCAUCCAAACUGGUAUGUGGCACUGAAACGGACUGGGCAGUACAAGCUGGGAUCCAGAACCGGACCUGGUCAGAAGGCCAUCCUUUUUCUUCCAAUGUCAGCCAUGAGCUGAUCGUACUGGGGAAGCCGUUGGGGCCGACUGUAUCAGAGUAAUACCUGGUGUAUUGUUAGCUACUGUGUCAGCGGUACUGUUGAAGUAGAAACUGUAAGAGAAGCGUGGUGGGAAUUCCGUACAGCACGUCAGCUGACAGGCACUGAAGAGAUUAUCUGACAGCAGUUUUAUAAACAUUAGUAGAAUGUGAACUUCUAAAUAACUGUUUAAAAUACAUAGUAUGUCUUUAUGUACAUAUUUAUAGUACAGUUUCAUUUUCAUAUCUUGAGUCAUUCGAUGGCUGAAUGUACACAGAGUAACACAGUUAGGAGAGCAAUAAAAAGUUGUCAAAUAGAUUAUACAGAAAACAAUGAAGUUGUUUUCACUCAUAAGAAUUUGUUGGUAGACUGUUGUCCAUGCUGCUCCGGGCCAGUCUGCAUGAGAAAGUUCCAGCAGGUGUCCUUGAAGCAUCAAUUACUGUGAUGAAAAUGAAACCUGUAUAAUCUUUUUAUACCACUUGUAAUGCUGAUUUUUUGUAUGAGGACUAGACAGCUCAAAUUUUCCACAUUUUCUGCUUUAAUCAACAUUUUAUAUAGAGAGACGAACAUGAAAAGUUUUUACAUUUGUUUCUGGCCUAAUUUUUAAGUUACUUUCGAUCUUGAAGGGAAUGUUUCAUAGAACGUUUCGUUAAAUUCUUAGUAUGUUUUGGAUUUGAUUAAUUUCUUUAAGGUACAUUUCAGGGCAGCUCAGCCUUUGAGAGGCCCUUGGUAAAACUUUACUUGGGAAAACUGAUGAUGGUUUAAAUUCCCUCACAGCCCAGGAAAUUCUAGGAUCUAGGAUUCUAGGAUUCUAAUUCUAGGAUUGCGUCUAUAGCUGGAGUGGACUUAGAGGAGCCCAAAGAUUUAGUGACUGGGUACCAUCCUAAUUGAUUGCUAUUCACUGCAACUAUUACAUGGAGAAGUGAAGGGCCGAUAAUGAUGACGAUAAUGAUGAUGACGAUAAUGAUGAUGAUGACGGUGAUGAUGAUGAUGACGAUGACGAUGAUGAUGACGAUGAUGAUGACGAUGACGAUGAUGAUGAUGAUGACGAUGAUGAUGAUGAUGACGAUGAUGACGAUGUAUUACUGUAUUUUUUAUGGGUCAAUCAGCAAUAAGAUUGUUGAGUCAAUAUAUUAAUUAUCUACAAACAGCUGCUGCAGCUUUUGAUUUGAAAUAAAGGUUUAAUAAUUGCUUUUCCACUCGUUUACAUAAUCCCCCUCCAUCUUCAAAUAGUGGCAGAAGAGAAACACAUAAAGGAAGUGAUUUUUUUUCAAUUAUUAAUAAGAUGUGUGCAAUCCACUGCUUAUUCAAUAAGUAUAACAUAUUAAAACACAAAUUCUGUUUGCAACAAUAAAUUCAGGUCAUGAAACCACAAGGGAAGCCAUUCAUCAGAGUAGUUGAUAACAUCUUAAUAUGACAGUGGCCCUUUUCAGAGCUGUUCUGCGCAGACGUUCUUUGCACUAGUAACCAUAACUCAUUACAAGGCAUGCAAGAAGCAGACAAGCAAAACCAAAAAGGUACAGUAGGGGGCACUAGACUAAUUCAAAAUGUCAGAAAAUUGAGUCUGUCUAUUUAACCAACCUUACUCAUUUGAAAUGUCCAUAUAAGGUAAAGAAAACUGUAUAGAUUUUUUAGGGAGCAUUUUUAUUUUCGACAGUUUUACGGGAACUUCGAGAUAUUUUAUAUUAAGUACAGAUUUUAAUAUUCUUAUAAUAUUUUAAAUGAAAAAUAUACCAGGGUAUAUGUCUCGUAUAAAAUGUAACCAGCCUGGUUUUAAUGCUCAUUAAAAGUAAAAUAGUUAAAAUGUGAUGUCAGUGUAAAACUAUGCAAUUCAGUGUGCUACUGCUUAUUAUUUAAACUAUUUUCCACCCGGCUUUGAUAUUUGAUAUUUGAACAAUCAAAUGCUGCUAGAUAAAUUAUCCUAAACAUGUACUUGUCUUGUUCAGUCACAGUUGUUUUUUUUUGUCUUACAAAAUACAGCCAGUGUUACAUAUGAGCUUUUCUUCCUGUGCUUAGAUGAAGCUCUUUCUACUUGUGCCUGUGUAAUGUGCCGCCCUGCUUAUAGUGCCUUUCCUUUGCCUUUGUGGGGGAUAUAUUAUCAAUAAAAGUGAAAAAAUAAAUACAAA